GACUUCAAGAAAGAUGCAAUUUAUUCAGACUUCUAAAGAGAACUACCUUAGGAAUGUUCGAAGCAGACUAGCAGAUAUCUAUACAGACAAUGAAUUAGAGCUUAAUUUGCAGGUAGACUAUGGAGCUGCUCCAAGUGAAAUUUUCAGAAAUUUUGCUAUGGUAGAGGAUAUCCAUGAACUCGAUAAAAAGGAAAUCUACAACUACGCUAUUGCUAUAUUCGGAGUUCUCACUGAUAUUAAGGAGGAGAAUAACAAUAAAUCAAUGACUGAAGCCUUACAAGUUGCUUUUAGUUUUAUUGAGGGAUAUACAAAGGACAGUCAGACCCAAGUAAAGCUAUUUACCCUACUCUACAAUGUCUUCAAGCAAACUGACAGAUACAGAUAUGACAUUUUCUGUAGGCUGCUUUCAUUCUGUGAGGAAAAUAACUGCAUUGUUGCUGUCCAGAGCAACCUCCUUAUUAUUGACCAGAUUGCCAACCAGUGGGAAAUCACCAAGGAGGAAAGAAUCACCCUAUACAAGAGAAUCAUCUCGAUCUUGAUUGAAGAAGAGAAAUUAGCAGCUUUUGAACUCAUGCUUAAAACAAUCAAACUUUUUGGAAAUGACGAAGAAUUGACCACUGCAAAUAAGGACUUAAUCAUUAAGACAAUCACUCUUGCUCUGGAACACCCAAAGCUUACUCAAUUUGAGUAUCUGUACAAUAUAGCAGCAGUCCAGAUUCUGAAGAGCAAGAAAAUUGAGGAGAAGAUUAUUGAAUUGGUUCAUAUUUUCGCAUACGAAAAGCUUGAGGACUACACUAAAUGGGAGGAGAGCAACAAAGAUUACCUUGAAGCUUCAGGAAUGGAAUCAACAAUCCUUAAAAAUAAAAUUCUAUAUCUCUCCUUCUUCUCACUUGCUCUCAAAGAUAGAGUAAUUACAUUCGAUAAACUCGCCCAAACAGUAGGAAUCUCCAAAGAUGAGAUUGAAGAAUGGGUCACUGAUGCUAUAGUCAAUGGAAUUAUCGAUGCUAGAAUUGACCAAGAAGAAGAGCAGGUUAUAAUCAACACAUUUGCUCAAAGAUCCUCAAACCUUAAAGAAAGAGUAGAGAAGACAAUGGAAGACUUCAACUCUGUCCUGAAAAAGAUUGAUGCUUAA